AUGGAUGGAGGCGAUGCCACGGUCAUGAAGAAAAGGACGCGAACGAGGAGAGCCUUCCUCAAGGCAACAAGCGAGCUUGGGAGUUCGACUUCAUCCCGUACAACGCAGUGGAAGCGUUCCGCGAUCAUCAAGGCACACGAGCAUAUAGGCAUGCUUCAAAGGUGGUGCAAGAAACAAGAUGAGGUGAUCAAGAAGCUCACCGAGACAGUCAAUGUCUCAAGGAAAGCUCUCUUGCAAGUCACCAAAAGCAACCAAAGGCCGCAUCACCAAGCAAAACCGUGCAGAGCCGUUAAGGAGAAGCAAGCGGAAGAGAAAAACCGGAUCACCACCUCCAACGUCUUCAACGGAGCCAAUCGACCUUGA